AUGAUUUUCAUAGUCGCUAGUGGCUCGAACAGCUUUGGAGCUGGCGGUACCGCUGAGCUGUCGCUUGGCGGCGGCGUUGGUGGCUCGUCACUAGACUUGGAGAGCUCCUACGAUUCCGUGGGUGCCGUCGAGGGAGUGGAGAGCAGCAGCAGCAGCUUGGGCGGUGGUUCUGCGUUUGGAUCCAAAAAUGCUGCCUCAUUUGGUGCCAACAGCGGUGCUGGAUUCGGGGCUAGCAAUCAGGCUUCCUUUGGCUCCAACAGCGCCUUCUCCUCCAACUCUGCCUUCCAGACCAGCCACAGUGCCAACUUCAAUGCAGCCAGCUCGCACAACGUGGGCAGCAACGUAGAGUUCGCUGACGCCAACAAUGCCGGCACUGAGGUCAACUUCGGAGGGGCCAAUACCAACACUGUCAACUCGGAGUCGCUGCUCGCCAGCAAUGUACAGGCACCGGUGGCCCUCACUUUGCCCUCAUACUUGCACCACGAGCGCGUUGUCUCCAGUGCACCCCAACAGAUUGUGUACACCGUGCCCGGUGGCUCGCAGCAGUACGUGCAACAUGUAGAGCGCGUUGUAGAGCAGAAGCAGCCUUCGGUGCAGUACGUUCAGGUGGCAGCUGAGCAUUACUAUCAGCGCAAGGUCACAACCACCUCAUCGACUCCCCAGAUCGUGCAGCAGCCAUCGGCCAGCUACACCUAUGGCUCCAACACUGGUUCCAGCUUUGGUUCCAAUGCUGCCUACUUUGGCUCCAAUGCUGCCUCCGCUUUUGGCACGAACUCUGCCUCCAAGGUCAACCAGGGCUUCGGAACCAACUUUGGCAGCAACUUCGGUCAACGCUCAGGUGCUCAGACCCAGUGGACUUCGGGUCAAAAUACUGGUGUCAACUUUGGCAGCGGUAGCUCUCAGCUGCAUCAGUUGAUCAACCAGGCUCAACUGACAGCCAGGCAACAGGCUGCUAGUGGCAGCUCCCAUAGCAGUGGAGUCGGUCUGGCCAGUGCCAACCAGUCCAACUACGGCUUCAACUCGGGCAGCUCCUUGAACUCCGCCAGCUCUCUGAAUGCCGCCAGCGGUCUUAAUGCGGGCGCCAGCGGCUCACUUUUGAGCGGUUCUUUGCUCAGCGGCUCCCUUCUGGGUGGUGACGAGCACCUACGUAAGGUGCAACCUGCCAACAGCCAACAUUGUCCCCUGCCACAACUUUCACAGUAG